AUGGCAAUAAAUACGUUUAUACCAAAAUUGUAUAUAUAUACAUUUGUUUGGUCAAGAAAUGAGAAACGAGAUAUAUUGCUUCACGAGAAGUACUCAAAAACAACAAAUAAGAUGGAAUAUAUUUUAAUAUUUGGUUUUGUUUGGGCACUAAUGUUGAUCAUAAAGGCUGAUGCCACUAGAGUUCAUGGAGUUAGAGGAAUUGCCAUAAACCAAGAAUCUGGUUUUGAUGAGAACUAUGUGGUUACAUGGGGACAAGAUCAUGUCUUAAAAUCCAACCAAGGCAAAGAAGUUCAGCUUACCAUGGAUUAUUUUUCAGGUUCUGGCUUUGAGUCCAAAAACCACUACGGAUCAGGAUUUUUCCAAAUGAGAAUUAAAGUGUUUGGAAACAAUUCUUCUGGCGUUGUCACUGCCUUUUACUUGACUUCGAAAGGAGACACCCACGACGAGGUUGACUUUGAGUUCUUGGGGAACGUAGAAGGAAAACCAAUAACGUUACAGACAAAUGUGUACACCGAAGGUAGAGGAAACAGAGAACAAAGGUUUGAUCUUUGGUUCGAUCCCACCAUUGACUACCACAAUUAUGGCAUUCUUUGGAAUCCAUACCAUAUAGUGUUUUACGUGGACAGUAUCCCAAUAAGAGUGUUCAAUAACAACACAAGCAAUGGCGUGAACUAUCCAUCGAAGCCAAUGCAAGUAGUGAGUAGUUUGUGGAAUGGAGAAAACUGGGCAAGAGAUGGUGGUAAAACCAAGAUUAAUUGGACCUAUGCUCCUUUCAAGGCACAUUUCCAAGGUCUCUCCGACUCCGGUUGUCACGUCGAUGAUCCAAGUAACAAUUCCAAAGCUUGCGGUUCAUCAAUAUAUUGGUGGAACACGAUGAUGCUAAGUGUCUUCGAGCAGAAGGUCUACAAGACUGUAAGAGAGAAAUAUAUGAACUAUGACUAUUGUUCUGAUCAAGCUAGAUUUUCUGUUCUUCCUAGUGAAUGUCGAUAUAAUUAA